AUGUCGGAAGUUACAUUUGGAUUCAGCGCCCCUGAAAUAAUCCAAGCCGGCCACGUAAGUGACGACGAUCUUCAACUGCUGAAGAAAUGGCAGCGCGAAACUAAUCUUCCCCAAUUAACGGACGAACAGCCAGUCCUGUUCCUGAUUGCCACCGGCAGCUCCGUCGAGUUGUGGAAGGCCACCAUAGCAGCUCACUUCAGAAUCAAGACGAAGAACCCGGUCUUAUUCAAAGAUAGAAAUGUGCAAAAUGUGGAUCUUAGGAAAAUUACGAGAGUCAUGCACUUUGCUGUAAUGCCUGAACGCUAUGGAGGUUCUACGCUUUGCUUCUCCGGGUUAAACGAUACGAAUUACCAAAAUUUAGAUUUUGAAUGUUGUUUGAGGAUGAACUGCAUAAUUUUGGAGGCAGUUCUUCAAGACAACAAUCCGCAGGAUAUUAUAUACGCCUUUGAUUGUAGAGGGACGACGUUUAUGCACGCUUGGAAAUUUAACAUGCACCUUCUGAAGGUCUACUUAGACUACGUACAGCAUGGACUUCCAUGCAAGAUCAAAAACAUCCAUUUACUCCACUCCAAUCGAGUUAUGCACACCACUUACAAUAUAACCAAGCCUUGGAUUGGUCAGGAAAUAUCAUCCAAAAUUGUACUUCACUCGAGCCUGGAGAGCACGAACAGAUUUUACGAGUGGAUACCAAAGAGGUACCUUCCAAAGGAGUUCGGCGGAGACUUAAAGUCAAUCCGCGUCUACCACGAGAGAACCAUGAGGAAGCUGGAGGAGUUGCAGUUUUAGUUUGACGCAGAACAGAAACAGUGGUUGAGAGACUAACCUAACCAUUUUGUUUGCACUACUUCCCCCCUCCUUCCCUUCGGUAUCGCCACAUUUGUUGUUGCGUAACGAUUUUUA